AAGCCAAGUACAAGGACGAGGUGCGCUUAAUAAAACAGUUGUUAUCAUGAGGAACAUGGAAAGCAUGUUGAGUGACAAAGAAGUUCCAAUUUCCCAUGAGCUUGUGAAGAACAUGAACGAUCGAAAGACAUCAUGGACAAAGCUUGGUCGUGCCGAUUCCCUCAAUUUAGAGGCUGGACAGAUUCGCUCAACCAAAACCCAUGCACUUAAGGCAAGUUGGGUGAGGACAUUGAGUUUAGCAUUUCAAAGCAUAGGGAUCAUAUAUGGGGACAUAGGAACUUCUCCCUUAUAUGUGUAUGAUAGCACCUUCACUGAUGGCAUCGACAACACUCAUGACCUUCUUGGAUGCUUGUCACUCAUCAUCUAUACCAUUGCACUCGUUCCCCUUGUUAAGUAUAUCCUCAUUGUUUUGUGGGCCAACGACAAUGGUGAUGGUGGUACAUUUGCAUUGUACUCUUUGAUUUGCCGAUACUCGAAGGUGAGCUUAAUUCCAAAUCAGCAACCAGAGGACAGAGAACUUUCUCAUUACAAACUAGACACACUUCAUUCCAACCAAUCAAAGAGGGCACAAAAGAUUAAGCACAAGCUAGAGAAUAGUAGAUUCGCUCAACUUAUGCUUUUCCUUGUUACUAUCAUGGCAACCUCUAUGGUCAUUGGAGAUGGUAUUCUCACACCAUCCAUUUCAGUACUUUCAGCAGUUGGUGGCAUAAAAAAUCGGAGCUCAUCACUUGGCCAAGGUGCUGUUGUUGGGAUCUCAAUAGCGAUCCUAAUAGUUCUCUUCUCUAUCCAGAGAUUUGGCACUGAUAAAGUGGGAUUUGCAUUUGCCCCUAUGGUCAUGGUAUGGUUUAUAUUCAUCGGAGGCAUAGGUCUUUACAAUUUGUUCAAAUAUGACAUUGGUGUAUUGCGAGCUUUCAAUCCAAAGUACAUAGUAGAUUACAUGAAAAGGAAUGGUAAAAAAGGAUGGAUUUCUCUUGGUGGAAUUUUCCUCUGCAUCACAGGGACUGAGGCCAUGUUUGCAGACUUGGGUCACUUCAAUGUGCGUGCAGUUCAAAUUAGUUUCUCUUUUGUUACAUUUCCUGCACUAUUAUGUGCAUAUAGUGGACAAGCAGCAUAUCUUAGGAAGUUCCCUGAAGAAAUUGGGAAUACUUUUUAUAGCUCAAUACCUGAUCCAAUAUUUUGGCCAACAUUUGUGGUGGCUGUUGCUGCUGCUAUCAUUGCAAGCCAGGCUAUGAUUUCAGGAGCAUAUUCCAUUAUUCAACAGUCUCAAAGUUUGGGAUGCUUCCCUAGUGUUAAGGUCAUACAUACCUCUGCCAAGUACGAAGGACAAGUUUACAUACCUGAGGUCAACUACAUUCUUAUGAUAGCUUGUGUCAUUGUAUGUGCUGCCUUUAGAACCACAGAUAACAUUGGUCAUGCAUAUGGAAUUGCUGUGUGCAUGGUAAUGCUGAUCACAACAAUCAUGGUUGCUCUUAUAAUGCUUGUUAUAUGGAAGACAAACAUAUUGUGGAUUGCUCUUUUCGUUCUGGUGUUCAGUUCAGUGGAGAUUGUGUAUCUAUCAUCCAUGCUGACUAAAUUUGUUCAAGGAGGCUUUUUCCCUUUGGUACUUUCUCUGUUCCUAAUGUGCAUUAUGGGAAUUUGGCACUACACACACAGAAAGAGGUACAUGUUUGAGCUCAAGAACAAGGUUUCUAGUGAAUAUGUAAGAGAAAUAGUCAGCAAACAAGUUAUAUCUAGAAUUCCUGGGGUAUCACUUAUAUACUCAGAACUAGUUGAGGGAGUUCCUCCAAUUUUUGCUCAUAUUGUUGCCAACAUACCUCACAUCCACUCUGUUGUAGUGUUUGUUUCCAUGAAAUCCAUUCCUAUUAGCAAAGUUGCAUUGGAUGAGAGAUUUCUCUUCAGACAAGUUCAGCCAAAAGAGUAUCGAAUAUUUCGUUGUGUUGUGAGGUAUGGCUAUAAAGAUGUGAUUGGAGAACAAAAGGAGUUCGAGCAACAAUUAGCUGAACAACUGAAAGAAUUUAUUCGCCAUCAAAAUUUUAUUUCUGUGACUGAGGGAAUGGUAGGAGAUGAUGUUGAAUUAACAGAUCACAACUUGCUAGUGAGUAGUAGCAAGCGACAAUCAAACAGUGAUCAUAUUUUGAAGGAUGGUAAAUGUUCUUCAUCUUCUAAUAGAAUAAUGCCAACACCUUUAUAUCAAGGAGGGGAAAAUCAAGAGGUGCAGUGUCAAUCUAGUGAGCAAAAUCCAAAGUCUAGGGCUUCAUCAGAUUCUAUUAAGUCAUUUGGAAUUGCUAGUAGAGUCUCUAAUCAACAUGUUCAAGGAGUAGAAGAGGAGAUAGCUUUUGUGCAGAGAGCAAUGGAGAAAAAUGUGGUGUACAUGCUGGGAGAAGCUGAAGUGGUGGUGGAGCCCAACUCAUCCAUACUUAAGAAGAUAGUUGUCAAUCAUAUUUAUAAUUUCUUGAGGAGAAACUUCAGGCAUGGAGAGAAUCUAAUGGCAAUCCCACGUUCUAAGCUUCUCAGGGUUGGGAUGACAUAUGAGAUAUGACAAUACAGUAUGAGAGACUCUUAGUGGGGAAUAAUUCUCAGUGGAGGAUAAUUAAUAGUGAAUAUAGAUGUGUGCUAUUGGGUUUGAAUGUGGAAUUUCUUCUUGGUUUGCUAUAUGUAAUCUUUUUAUAGUUCCUCACUGAUCAGUUGUUGAUGGUUUGGCUUCACACAGGAUAGGGUGUGUGAUUUUAGAGUGUUUGGAAAGAUUUUUCUUCAUGUAUAUUUGGAUGUUGUCAUUAUUGCCCUGAGCUGAAUAAUAUGCAAUAUUUUAUUAAA